AUUUUUAAACAACUUUUGUCGAUGUGAAAAUGGUUGUGAAGGAAACAGGAACUCUCGCAGCGUAUUGUCGAAAUGUUUCUAUAAAAACAUUCUUAGGGUAGUUUUGUGAAACCAAAGCAUUUAUAGCGCGACUGUUUUUAUUAUUGCUAGAAAAAUAUUUAAAAAAAAUUUAUCGAAAGUUUUUUUAUAUCUAAAUGCAGUUCGCCGAAAGCACGAUGUACUAAGCUAACUUUAAUGUUAGCUAUAUGGGCAGAUAUUGCUAUUAGGAAUUGUUCAGAUUAUUCGUCAAUAAUAUUUGAAUAAACUGUGUACUCGAGUUUUCAAAACGUUACAUAAUAAAAAGGACAUAGUUUUAUAUUGAUCGUUAAAGUUGUGGUACAAAAGUGUCAUGUGUUAUUAAUUAAAACCUUGCUGUUUUUUAUUUUAAUUUCAUGGUCGAUCUAAUUGCUGUUAGCUUGGCAUUAUUAUUGCAAUAUGAACAGUGCUAUAUGUAGUUUUAUUAUUACGAAAAUUAUGGUGUUUUUUGUUAAUUAUGCACUAGUUACUGCUACACCUGAUUUUGAAAGUCCAAAUUAUUUCGUAAUGUGUUAUGAAUUAUGUUCAUGUUAUAAUACUACUAUUGACUGUUCAAAUAGAAAUAUAUCAGUAUUGCCAAAAUUUAUCAGUCCAAAUACUACAAUACUUGAUUUAAGUCGCAAUCAUAUAAAAAGUCUUCCCUUGAGCUUUUUUGAUGAUCUAUUGAAUUUAGAAGUUUUAAACAUUAGUUAUAAUGAACUUGAAGAGCUGAGUGCAGCUACAAAUAAAAAUGAACAGAUGAAACAAUUAAGGCUUCAUACAAUAGAUUUGAGCCAUAACAAAAUUCACCACGUAAGAAUGUAUUGGCAGAGGUUCAGGACACUAAAAACAUUAAUUCUAUCAUACAACCUUUUUAAGGAGAUCACAGCAGUUACUUUUUUAAAUCUUAAAGUUUUAGAACAGCUGUUUUUAGAUCACAAUCAAUUAAGAUCUUUAACUAGAUCAUGGUUUAUAGAUGAAUCUAAUCUAAGAAAUCUAUAUUUAAACAACAAUAUUAUAAACUACAUUGAGACUGGCUCAUUUUUAUUUACGCCUGAAGUCAUGUUAAUCGAUUUAUCAGGAAAUUCAUUAAAGUUUCUUGACUCUGGAUUGUUUCAAGAAUUACAGAAAUUAUGUUACCUUUAUUUAGAUCACAAUACUAUUAGCUACAUAUCAGAAUUUGCGUUCAGUAGACUUGAUCAACUGAAAGUUCUUAACUUAAGCUCUAACUAUAUUUCUAUUGGAGAUAAAGAAAUGGAUACUGUGUUCCUACAUCUUAAACAUUUAGAGAUAUUGGAUUUAAGCGAAAACAGUGCUUUCUUAAUACCAAGUACAGCAUUUCAAGGAUUAAACAAUUUAAAAACACUAUAUCUGAAGUACAACAACAUUAUGUUCAUAGAAGAAGAAGCUUUUACAAACCUAAAAAGUAUUGAACUGCUUGAACUUUCUACACAAUCCUUAUCGUGUGGCUGUUCAGUUAAAUGGCUACGUGAUUGGAUACAUUUACAUCCAUUGAACAAUAAAAUUAAUGUUGUAUGCUCUUCGCCACUUUGGUUGAAAAAUAAGAACAUCAUAGAUGUACUUGAUUCUGAAAUCAGCUGUGAUUCUAAUGAGUUAUCCAGUAUUAGACCUAAACUAACAAUUCAGCCAACUUCUACUUAUGCAGUUAGGUCUGAUAAUAUUAGUUUAAAGUGUGCUGCUGUGUCUUUAAUUGAUAACAUGAACAUAGUUUGGUUAAAAAAUAAUCAAGUUAUUGAUAACACAGUAAAUUCAAAUGCAAUACAGAUAGUAGAUAGAGUUCAGUAUGUAACUACUUCUAUACUUUUUCUUAAAAACCUUGCUGAUACAGAUUCGGGUACCUAUUCAUGUCAGCCAAAAAAUAUUUAUGGAAGUGAUAUGUCUAUCAAAUUCAAUAUUUCUGUUUUUGAACCUCCUCGUCUAUCAAAGGAUUUAAAAUCUCAAAUUACAGCACUUAGUGGUGAAACAGUUUAUAUUCCAUGCAUAGCUGAAGGCCAACCAAUGCCUGUUGUCUCACUUACUAAAUUAAAUUAUCAAGUUAUGCAUGCUGUAUUAGAUAAGCGUGUGUUAUAUGAAGACCAGAAGUUUGGAAUUACAAAUUUAAAAAUUGAAGAUAGCGGCACAUAUUCAUGUUCUGCUAAAAAUCUAGUUGGAGUUGCCAAUAAAACAAUUGAACUUACUGUUUUAGAGAUGCCUAAAUUUACACAUCCUAUGGAGAGCAAAGAAGUGAGGCCAGGUGAAACAGUUGUUCUUGAUUGUAUUGUUAGUGGCAAUCCUCUACCUAGACUUAAGUGGUAUAAGAAUGAAAGUCUGUUAAGUCAGGGUUUAUCAUCGAAGAUCAAAGUUUCUAAUCAAUUGCUCAUUAUUUUCUCUUUUGAUUAUGAAGAUGAAGGGUUUUAUGAGUGUAAAGCUUCAAAUAAAUUAGGAACGGCUAGCAGGACUGCUCGCUUAACAGUUCAAAAAAAAACUUUGCUUGCAUCAUCUCCUAAAAAAUCUUCUUACUUUACGGUCAUCAUCAUUACAGUUGUUUCUGCUGUUGUUUUAGUGAUUUUUUUAGUGUUAUUAUAUUUCUUUAAAAAGUUAUGUCGCAAAAAUAAGGAAGAACUUACGGACAGAAAAUUGCUUGAUAGUUUACCGAAAACAUACACUCUUCGUUACACAAAAAAACUUUCUCCAGUUCCUGUGUCUAAUGAUUUUUUAAAUGAGACCGUGCCUUAUCUAAGUGGUUCUAAAGAUGAUAGCGAUGAUUGGACCCUAGACAGCGCAACGGACCCAGCAGAAGAUGAUAGUGGAAUAUCUUUAGUAUAUCCGAAAGACAAUUAUUCAGGUAACGCGAUCGUUCCACGAGUUCAGACAUUUUCUGUAGAAAAAGUGAAUGGAGAGCAGCACGACAAAAACAUUUCAUUUAAUAAUACAUUAAGAAGUUCUCAUAGAAAGCAAUCAAAUUGUUAUCUUUUAUUUAAUUCGUUAGAUUCUUCAUAUAACGAAAGAACUUCAUAUAAUAACAUAUUUCAGAAAUCUUUGAAAAAUAAUAACACUUCAGUUGUACAUAAAAAAAACGCUACUCAUAAAAACUUUUGCAAUCUGGAUUUGUCCUUGCUGAACUACAAUAAAAAAAUAAAUGAUAUGGCUCCAAAAGGUCCGAAUCCCAAAUCAGAGUCUGAUUUCUUAUCUAAUAAAAUUGUUUUAUAAUUCGCGCGUUUUUUAGGUUCAAAUUUACAAUUCAUUAAAUUAUUUUGUAGAAUAGUCUAUUGAAGCAAAAUUAUGAAAGCAAAUUAUAAUAAAUAACUGAUUCCUAAUUGUUUUAUAGAUAAACCAUAAAAAUCUAGUUUGCUUGAAAAGUUGACACAUUUAAAAUUAUUAAUUUGUAUAAUUUAUUUUGAGCACAAAUUUUAUUUUAUAAGUAUUUUUUUUAUUUAUUUAUUUGUAUAUUUGUUUUGGGCUAUUUUUAAGUCUUUGUAAAGGUGUAAUGUGAAAGUACGUGGCGUUCGUAAUUGUUAGCUUAUAUGUGCACCUUUGCGGUGUGUUGUGGUGUACUGUUGUUACACGAUACUUUUCACUAGUAAUGUACCUCCUUGUGGAGGUUGUAUAUUAUACUUUGUUUAUAUUUCUAAUUUAUUUUAAAUAAAAUUUUUAUAUAUCAUACAUUAAAAAAAUAUAUUUCUAGGCGUCAUUUUAAAUAAAAAAUUACCAGAA